ACCAAGUGUUCUUGCCCUACUACCACCAUCUCUUGUAAUCGUCUGUGUCCUAGUUCUCUAUCAGCAUGGAUAUCACCGGCAUAGCAAAGAACUUCACUGAAUUCUAUUAUUCACAAUUCGCCCAAGGCAGGUCGAACCUGGCCCCUUUGUAUCGGCCACAUUCCAUGUUGACAUGGGAGGGCAAACAGUUCCAGGGUGGAUCUAAUAUAGUCCAGCAUCUGAGUGAACUGCCUUUCGAAAAGGUCGCCCACAAGAUCAGCACAUUUGACGCGCAGCCAUCAUCCCUCGAUAUGACUACUCUCUUGAUCAACGUGACAGGGUUGCUAAGGGUGGACGGAGAUCAAGAGUUGCAGUUCUCCCAGGUGUUCGUGCUGGCAAAGGAAGCCGAUUCUUUCUACGUGCUCAAUGACAUGUUCCGACUCAACCUCGGCUGAAGCACGGCAUAUUAUGAUCCGGUAGAUGAGUCAAAGAUCCGUGGAAGUGUACAUAAUGGAGGACGGAGGCUUCUAUCGUUUGUACGUCGUAGCUUAGCAUCGAAAGUAGAUCCCACUAUAAAUCUGGAAAGAUCGUCGUGUCGAACUUUUGAAACAACACAGGAUCGGCACAACACGCGUUCACCCA